GGCGGCUAGGCAGCAGGCGCAGGGCGAGCUGCGGUGCCGAGUCCGGCCCUGCCCUCCGGCCGGCGCUAGGCGGCCAAGGCCUCCCGCCCGCGCGCCUGGCCUUAGGGCUGCGGGUCCGGCCGCCAUGUGGGGACCUUAAAGCGCCUGUGGUCUUUUGAAGCGCUCUGACAGCUCUGAAGGGCUUUGUAGUCCCGGAAGCGCUUUGGCGUCUCCGAAGUAGCGCCGUGCAAACUGAAGCGCCUGGGGAUCUUGGAGAGCCUGCUGUGGGCUGGGAAGCCAAUUCGAAGCCUUUAGUAAAUUUUGGAUCGAUUUUAACUUCUCUGAAGCGCUUUGGAAUUGCAAACUGAGUCGAAGCGCUUUGGUAUCUCGGAAACCUUGAGAACUGUGAUGGGCAGUGGAAAGAAGAGGGAAAGGUGCCCAUGGCGUCGGAGAGGCGCAAGGUCAAGUACCACUGGAGCAGCACGUCGGAAGGGUGUCCCAGCAAGCGCAGCUGCCUCCGGGAGCCCAGUGAUGUGGCCCCCUCCAGCCGGCCAGCUCAUAGCUCUGUGUCGCGUUCAGGAGGGGCCCGCAGCCCCAAGUGCUUGAAAGCCCAGGAGGAGGAUGAUGUGGCUUGCAAGCCACGGUUACCCUGGGGCUCAUCCCGAGGGAGAAAUUCCUCCUACUCUAACGAUUCUUCCGGCCCAGGUGUGGGCGGGGCCGCCUCCAAAGGCUUCCUGAUUCGGAGAACUCGCGGGUACCUUUCAUCACGGGGAUCCCCUCUACGCCCUGCCAACCCCUUUGUAGAAGAAAUGGCUUCUCUAGAGGAGGAAGCCUGCAGCCUUAAGGUUGAUUCCAAUGAUAGUUCUCAUAACUCAACGAAUUCUGAAUGUGCAGCUGAAGCUGAGGGUCAGAAUGAUACAACUGAGGAGCCAAACAAGCUCCAGAAAAGGAAGAGGGAUAGACUUCGAGACCAGGGCUCUACAAUGAUCUACCUGAAGGCUAUUCAGGGCAUCCUGGGGAAAUCGAUGCCAAAAAGGAAGGGAGAGGCCACUGCUAGGGCAAAACCAAGCAUAGGAGAGCGUCCCAGCCGUGCAAAAGAACCUGCCAGGAGUGAAGGACCUGUGAGGAGUGAAGGACUGACCAGGAGUGGAGAAGGACCAACCAGGAGUGGAGAAGGACCGGUCAGGAGUGAAGGACCAACCAGGAGUGGAGAAGGACCGGUCAGGAGUGAAGGACCAACCAGGAGUGGAGAAGGACUGGUCAGGAGUGAAGGACCAGUUAGGAAUGUCAAAGUCACAACUCCUCAGAAGGAGAAAGAAUCCGUCCCAGAGGUUGGAGUGGAGGAGGAAAAGACUGGGCCAGAGAGGAACAGCUUUUGCCACAGGAGAGUGGUUAUGGACCCUGAGGAGAAAUCCAGUGAGGAGCCACUUGAGCCACAUGGUGACCGAAGGACAGUCAUUGACAAACACUCACCACCCCUAGAGUUUUUGGAUGACUCUGACUCUCAUUUAGAAAUCCAAAAGCAUAAAGAUAGGGAGGUGGUGAUAGAGCGCCUCUCUUCAGGAAGUGACUGGUCUGAUGUGGAUGAGAUCUCCACAGUCAGAUUCUCUCAGGAGGAGCCGGUCUCACUGAAACUCUCAGCAGCUCCAGAGCCACCUUCUUUCACCACAGACUAUGUCAUGUACCCGCCUCAUUUGUAUAGUAGUCCUUGGUGUGAUUAUGCCAGCUAUUGGACCGGCAGCCCCAAGCCUUCAGGCUACCCCUCCAUGGGCAGCAGCAGCACUGACAUAGCCCAGGCUGGGAGGAGCAGCAGGAGCCUCCUGAGUGAUUAUUCUUCUAACUCUACAGUGAGUUCCCAAAACACCUCCAGAGACUUUGAGGCCACAGAGGAAGGCAGAUCCCAGAAUUCUCGUUCAUUUCCAUUCUCCAGGAGCUUAGAAGAAGAGGUGAGGGAGAAAAGAACAUUCCAAGAGGAGAUGCCACCACGUCAUUGUGAAGGACACAUACCUGGCUCCCUUCCUAGGAGCCACUGGGAGCCAAGCCUGGAGGAAGGCUUCAUUGAUACCCAUUGUCAUUUGGACAUGCUCUAUUCCAAGUUGUCUUUCAAAGGCACUUUUACCAAGUUCAGAAAAAUUUAUAGCAGCUCCUUCCCUAAGGAAUUUCAGGGCUGCAUCUCUGACUUCUGUGAUCCUCGGACACUGACGGAUUGCCUGUGGGAGGAGCUGUUGAAAGAAGAUCUGGUUUGGGGGGCUUUUGGCUGUCACCCUCAUUUUGCACGUUACUAUAAUGAAAGUCAAGAAAGAAAUCUUUUGCAAGCCUUAAGGCACCCCAAGGCUGUAGCAUUUGGGGAAAUGGGCCUGGAUUACUCUUAUAAGUGCACCACACCUGUCCCAGAACAGCAUAAGGUAUUUGAGAGACAGCUACAACUAGCUGUGUCUCUAAAGAAGCCUCUGGUGAUCCACUGCCGAGAAGCUGAUGAAGAUUUGCUGGACAUCAUGAAAAAAUUUGUGCCCUCUGACUACAAGAUCCAUAGGCAUUGCUUCACUGGCAGCUAUCCAGUCAUUGAGCCCCUGUUGAAGUACUUUCCCAACAUGUCUGUGGGCUUCACGGCAGUCCUGACAUACUCCUCUGCCUGGGAGGCCCGGGAAGCUCUGAAAAAGAUCCCGUUGGAUAGAAUCAUUGUGGAAACUGAUGCUCCCUACUUCCUUCCUCGCCAGGUUCCCAAAAGCCUUUGCCAGUAUGCCCACCCGGGUUUGGCCUUGCAUACAGUUCGAGAAAUUGCCAGGGUAAAAGACCAACCGCUCUCCCGCACCUUGGCUGCUUUGCGUGAGAAUACCAGUCGCCUCUACAAUCUGUAAGCAGAAAGUACACGAUCAGGAGUUUUCCUGGAAGAGGGCGACCAGCAGCCUGAUGUAACAUAGGCUGGGCUUGAACUCUGCCUGUGUCCCAGGUCAAGGAUAUGUUUGGAGAGCCCAUUGGAACAGAGAAACCAGGACAGGAUGUUUUCCUCGAAACCUCGACAUAAAGCUUCUGGCUGGUGGAUGGGGUGGGGUGGGUGGAGUGGAUGUGGGACAAGGGUUAGGGGAACUGCCCCAAGUAGUAUCAGUAUUUUGCCACCCAGCCCGAAUACUCCAGGGUAGGCAGUGAAGAAGAAGAGUUUGCCAAUCCAAGUCCUGUUCUCUGCAGCCUGUAUUUUUGAGCAAUCUGUGAAUAAAGUCACCCUCCUUCUCGGCUAA